AUGCUCGUCGCUUCCACUCUGCCUCUCCCGCUGCGCAAGGUCAAGCGCUCUGGACAGCGACCGCAGGAUGUGGUGGGCGGCACUCGCGUCAGACUACGAGUGUCGGAGAGGCGCUGGGGCGGGGUGAAGACUAUCUCUGCUCCGCUGCCCGCCUAUCGGCUCUCUAUGACCUCCGGUGGACCCCCGCUAACGAUCGCAUCGCACGUCGCUCCCCCCGCUAUCGACUAG